AUGACUGAAAUUCCUAGUAAUAUUAAUAAUGUUAACAAUGCCAGUAAUGCUAGUAAUGGAGAUGUUGAUGAGGUUGUAGAAAAAUUGUCUGAAUUAGAUACUAAAGAAGUUAAACACAAUACAUUACAAGAAUCAAAUCAUGAAGUUGAAGUUAAACGUGUUGAUGAGGAUGAACCUUUAAUGUCUGUGACAACAUUUGAACAAUUAAAUAUAAAUGGGGAUUUAUUAAAAGGUGUAUAUGAAAUGGGAUUCUCAAUUCCAUCUAAAAUCCAAGCAAAAGCUCUGCCGUUACUUCUCAAGAAUCCACCACAAAAUAUGAUUGGUCAAUCGCAAUCUGGUACCGGUAAAACUGCAGCUUUUGUUUUAACAAUGCUCAGUAGAAUAGAUUUAGAUUUAAAACAGCCACAAGCACUUUGUUUAACACCAUCAAGAGAAUUAGCUCGUCAAAUCAUGACUGAAGUUAAAAAAAUGGGUAAAUAUACGUCAGUGGUGACUGGUGAAGCUAUUCGAGAAUCUCAUCCUAAAGGAUCCAGGUCGAGGCAAGAUGAAUUUCAUGGUGUUCAGUUGAUAGUUGGUACACCUGGCACAGUCUUUGAUUUACUGAAGAAACAUUCGAUAGAAAGAAAAUAUUUUAAAAUAUUUGUGUUGGAUGAGGCUGACAAUAUGUUGGAUCAACAAGGUUUAGGAGAUCAAAGUAUAAGGAUAAAAAAUUUGAUGCCAAAAAGUUGUCAGAUUGUACUUUUUUCCGCUACAUAUUCCAAUCCAGUACGUAGUUUUGCUAACAGAUUUGCACCAAAUGCAAAUCAAUUCAACCUAAAAGUCGAGGAAUUAUCGGUUAAAACAAUCAAACAAUUUUAUAUGGAUUGUAAAGAUGAAGAACAUAAAUUUUCAGUAUUGGAUGAAUUAUAUAGCUUAUUAACAAUUAGUCAGAGUAUAAUUUUUGUUCAAAAACGUGAAACUGCAGAUAGAAUAGCAAGGUUGAUGACAGAAAGAAAUCGUAGAGUUAUUAAUCUUCACGGUGGUCUAUCGACCAACGAAAGGGAUCAGGUAAUGGAUGGUUUCCGAUCGGGCAGUGCCAAAGUACUGAUUACCACGAAUGUUCUAUCGCGUGGGAUAGAUGUGUUGCAAGUGAACUUGGUGGUUAAUUAUGAUAUACCAGUCGACCCCAGUGGUAGGAAUCCCGAUUUUGAAACCUAUUUGCAUCGCAUUGGACGUACUGGUAGAUUUGGUAGAUCUGGUGUCUCUAUUAAUUUUGUACAUGAUGCUACAAGUUGGGAUUUGAUUAAAAAAAUUGAAUCACAUUUCCAACGUGAAAUUGUAAAGCUUCCAACAGAUAAUUGGCCUGAAGUUGAAGAAAUUUAG